AUGUCAGAGGCAGGUGGUUCCACACGGGACAGGUCGCCUCUUCGAGCCGGCGUGGGGGAUGGCGGCCAGCGCUGUGGCUUUUGUCACUCUGGGGAGGAGGAAAACGAAACGAGAGGUGUGCUGCACACGGAUAACUCCAAGAAAGUGGCUGCACACUACAAGUGCAUGCUCUUCUCAUCGGGGACGGUGCAGCUGACCACGACGUCACGGGCCGAGUUCGGAAACUUUGACGUGAAAACGGUCAUCCAGGAGAUCAAGAGGGGCAAACGAAUGAAGUGCACGCUGUGCAGCCAGCUGGGUGCCACGAUUGGCUGUGAAAUUAAGGCGUGUGUGAAGACCUACCACUAUCACUGUGGUCUGCAGGACAAGGCCAAGUACAUCGAGAACAUGGCCCGCGGCAUCUACAAGUGA